AUGGAGACAUCAAUCAAGCCAACCUUAGCAUUUCAAGAGGGCGCGACCUUCGUAUUCGGCUCCUGGGUGUGCAUCGCUGACGGCGCUGGAGGCUUCCGUCGCCACCUCACGCCUGCCCCGGAGAAAAAGGCACCUCGACCAACUUCUUCUACUCAAACUCAGAAGGAGUCAGAUUCGAAUCCAUCGGCGUCGGGCGGAGGCAUCCACGCCCUGUGCGACGACGCGCUCGUGGACAUCUUUGCCCGCCUCCCGUCGGAGUCGGUGCUCCGGUGCCGCGUCGUGUGCAAGAGCUGGCGCCGCGUCACCACGGACGGUUCCUUCCUCGCCGCCCACGCCGCCCGCCGCCCGCGCGAGAUGAUCGUCUUCACCCCAUCCUUGACGGUGAGCGCCGUCCCUCUCACUACCCUCGAUCCGGCGCGGCGCCGCUUCCUGUGCGACCCGACCGAGCGGAACCAGAACGGAACCGCGACCUGGUCCACAACCAGACUGCUCUUCUCCCUCCAUGGCCUGCUCGUCUUCGAACAGCGCCCGGACCUCUACGUCGUCUGCAACCCAGUCACCAGGCAGUGGACCAACCUGCCGGUGCUGGCUCCCGACCCGUGCUUCACCACGUUCCCGUGCGGCUUCUACUUCCACGGCUUGUCCGGCGAGUACCGCCUCCUGUGCCACGGCUUCUACUUCCACGGCUUGUCCGAGUCGGAGUGGAAGGACUACUAUUACGUCCUCGCCGCCGGCGCCACCCGGCCUCGGCGGCUGUCGCGCGCUCCGGCAGACCGCCCUGUGGGGUACCAGCAGCCCGUGGCCCAUGGCGAGAUCCUCUACUGGUCCUACACGCACCCUCAAGCCGGCCGCACCGGCAAGAUGCUCGCGUUCGACACGGCUUCCGAGACGUUCCGGCUCAUGUCCGGGCCGCCCGGUGCCCCGAUGGCGGCGCUGCUGGAGCUGGACGGUUCGCUCUGCGCCCAGAACCUGCUGCCGUGCCCGACGCGGCUCGACAUAUGGGUGUUGCAAGACCACGAGGCGGAGCGCUGGACGCUGCGACUUCGGAUGGAGGUGCCACCGCUGAGGAGCCCGUGUGGGGUGAGCACGGCGAUCUCUGCUGGGGGGGACGGCAGCAUCCUUCUCAUAGGGUACCCCCUCUCUCCUGUGCUCCUGCUUUUCGACAUCAAACGGAAGAAGCUGGUCAAGGAAAUGCAUUCUAGAUCGGCACCUUUGUUCAUGGUAUUCAGUGAGAGCUUGGUGUCACAUGCUUUCUUUCAGUUGCCUCGGUGCCCUGAUCUGAAGCCGCUCAAGUUUCCCGACUGA